AUGGACGUCACAGCCAAAGAUGGAAGUCCACUCCCUUCCAUUCUAGCAUUGGGAACUGAUGUCAAAAUAACCUUGUCCGUUCAGAAUGUACCUGGACAGGCUGGUAUCAUCAUCCAUUCCAUCACCGUCCACAACAACAGAGCAGGGUUGGACAAGAGAUCUCUUUCUCUGUAUAAUUAUGGCUGCGCCCCUCAAGUUUACAGGGGCAUCCUCAUCACGCCACCCUACUUCUCCCCAGCCGGACAGAAACACACAAUCUGCUUCAUCCUGAGGCUUUUUGUGUUUGAACAUGACAGAAGUCUGUCCAACCCUGUUCUGGUCCUCAAAGUCGGAUUUAAAGUCUUUAGCAAUGCAGCUUCAGCUGUUAUGCCGGUGUGUAGUGGCCGAAGGAAACGACAGGCUGAAGAAGGAGAUCUCACCGUGUCAAGAACUUUCAAAGUCACUAUUGAAGAAAAUGGCGCCCAAACAGUCGUGAAAGGAGAGAUCAGCACUGGUGGUUCCAGAACAUGGAUGGUUCCAGCCGUGGUUGGCAUUGGCUGCGUCGCCAUCGCUGUUGCCGUCAUUGCCAUCUUCUUGGGCCUCAUCAUCACCAGACGAAGGCGAAGGUCGAAUAUGAAAGAAACUAACGACAAGUCUUAUUAUACACAUUAAGACUCCAAUUUUCCAAGAAGCAAUGUCAACAGGGGAGGUAUACCCAGC